AUGAACGGACACCGACCAACGCGACAGCUGCAACCAGGCAUCAACGUGCCCAUGGUGGCAUUCUUCGACCCAGAAACCGAAGACGUCGAUGUAGCCACCGUGGCCAAACACGCCGUCAGACUCGCAAAGGCCGGUCUCAAGGCCGUCACCUGCCAAGGGUCAAAUGGCGAAGCGGUCCACCUCACCCGGGAGGAGAGAAAGCUCGUGACGAGCACGACGAGAAAGGCACUCGACGACGCAGGCUUCUCGGACAUGCCGAUCGUGGUAGGAUGUGGAGCGCAGUCGGUCCGCGAGACGGUCCUGUUCUGCCGAGACGCCGACGAAGCCGGCGGCGACUACGCCUUGGUCCUCCCGCCGUCCUACUACAAGGCGUCGUACAAGCAAGAGAGCUUCGUCGAGUUCUUCCAGGACGUCGCGACGGAGUCGCCGAUCCCCAUCCUCAUCUACAACUACCCCGGCGCCGCCGCGGGCGUGGACCUCAGCUCCGACACCAUCAUCAAGCUGGCCAAACACCCCAAGAUUGUCGGGUGCAAGCUGACCUGCGGAAACACCGGCAAACUGAACAGGAUUGCCAACGCCGUCAACGCCGCCACCGCCACGGAUGCCGGAUCGGGCUGGUUGUGCCUGGGUGGUUCAGCCGACUUCACCUUGCAGACCAUGAUCGCCGGCGGGUCUGGGGUCAUUACCGGCCUGGGUAACGUGGUGCCCAAGGCUUGCGUCAAGGUCUUUGACCUGUAUGCCCAGGGCAAGGUCGAGGAAGCACAGAAGAUCCAAGCGAUCGUCGCCCGCGGUGACUGGGGGGUCAUUGCAGGCGGCAUUACAGGUACCAAGAGUGCUUUGCAGACCUACUAUGGCUACGGUGGUUAUCCCCGACGGCCACUGCCCAAGCCAAGCAAGGAGGACGUGUCCGCGUUCGAGGCUGCUCUGAAGGAGGUAGUCGAGCUUGAGAACUCAUUGUGA